GCCGGCGACGCAUUCAUGUCCGCGUGUACUGGAUACGAAGACACGAACUUCCGUGUUGCGUGUUGCGAAUAUUAAAAAUGCGGACGAAAGUGUUAUUAUUAGUGACUUUAAUCCUAAGCGAAUUGUUUUGUGGAUAAUUACACGUGUACCGCACGGACAGGAUAAAUUAAUCAUGGUGGAUUUGAAAAAUGAGCCGGCGGCCACGCCGAAGAAGAGCAAGCACCAGCUGCUGUCGAUGACGACGGUGAAGAGCUGGUUCAUGUCGGAGAAGAAACAUCAUGCGGAUACGCCGUUCCGGCAGAGGAUGCCCGAGUCGUUUUUGCGCUCGAUUCGUAGGCGAUCAUUGAGAGUUAAACGCGCGAAGAGUUUAGUUUUACCGGAAAAACGCAAGUCAGAUUCGUUUGUGAACAGUCAAGAAUGGACGUUAUCACGCUCUGUCCCGGAUCUCAGACUUGGAAUCGUCGGUUCGCUAUCGUCGGGGAAAUCAGCGCUGGUACAUCGUUAUCUCACCGGCAGUUACAUGCAAGAGGAAUCGCCCGAAGGCGGCCGGUUUAAGAAGGAGAUCCUGGUGGACAAUCAGAGUUACCUGCUGUUAAUCCGCGAUGAGGGCGGGCCACCAGAGUUGCAGUUUACUGCUUGGGUGGACGCGGUGAUAUUCGUAUUCAGUUUGGAGAACGAAUCCUCCUUCAAUGCCAUUUAUAAUUACUAUACAAAGAUGUCACAGUUCCGAAACUCGGUCGAGAUACCAUUAAUUUUGGUGGGCACUCAAGAUGCUAUCAGCGAGAACAAUCCACGUGUCAUUGAUGAUUCGCGAGCGCGCAAAUUGGCCAAUGACCUGAAGAGGUGUACCUAUUACGAAACCUGCGCCACGUACGGUUUGAACGUCGAGCGUGUCUUUCAAGAUGCUUGUCAGAAAAUUGUGCAGCAACGAUUGACCACAUCGGCGGCAUGCUUGACUCCGACGAAUUCUCGCCCCUCGACGCCUAACAAUCAUUUCCACACCGCCGGCGGGCCGCUGGCCACAGCUCCUCGAUAUCAUCUCUCUAGUAAUAAUGGCUUCAGCAAUGUAGGACAAUCACCCGCUGCGAACCACAUGUCCCCUAGUCACAAUCACACUCUAUCACAUAAGGAAUCGGUCGCAUUGUCUCAGUUGGGUGGCAGGCAGGUGCACACAUUAUCCGCAUCAAGUCACCAUCUACACCGUGCGGCCGAUAAACACGACGGACUUUUCCGCAACUCCGAAGAGAAGUGGAACUCUUCUUCUUCUACCCUAGGCAGCCACGGUUCGUCACAGGCGCUGGUCAUGCAAGCCAUACCGACGGAAAACAAUAACAUUGCAAAGUUCACCGCCCCGCAUCCGCUAGACAAUAACCAGACGCCGGUUAUCAAGGAUAAGGACCUGCCAACACCCAGCUCCACUCCGACGACGUCGCGUAAGAGCCGUCGGCGCUCGAAUCUUCACCCCGUCGAAAAAGCCGACGAUAAGUUGAAGAACGGGGGUGAUAUUGGUGUUGGCAGGGCGAUACCACUCAAACAAGGAUAUCUCUAUAAAAAGAGUAGUAAGCCCUUGAACAAGGAGUGGAAGAAGAAGUAUGUGACGCUGUGUAAUGAUGGUAUCCUCACUUACCAUCCGAGUCUGCAUGAUUACAUGGACGAUGUGCACGGUAAAGAGAUACCACUUCAAUAUGUGACGGUGAAAGUGCCAGGACAAAAGCCGCGCGGCUCGAAGAGUAUAAUCACUGUCGCCGGCACGAACGGCAGCAGUAUUAAUGAAAGCCUUGGGGGAUUAUCAAUUGGUUCGAGGGACAAAAGAAUCACUGAAAAUGUGUUGCUAACAGGAUAUGACACCGUCAAGGAGCCCGGCAAGUACACUCAAGCCAGCGGUGAUGAAGGCUUCAACAGUAACACCUAUAUGAAUGGUGAGAAUCUGAAAUCCGAAACGCCGAACGUCAAGAAGCGGCAUCGUCGCAUGAAGAGCAGCGGCGUGAAGAAUUCCGAGUAUGAUGACGCCGACGGCUAUGAGUUUUGCAUUGUUUCUUUGGAUAAUAAACAGUGGAACUUUGAGGCGUCCAGUUGUGAGGAGCGCGAUCAAUGGGUGACGGCCAUCGAGGAGCAGAUUCUCAAGUCGUUGCAGCUCAACGAGUCGUCGAAGACGAAGAAGCAGAAUCCGAUGGAGGCGGCGAAUAUUCAAAACAUUCGCUCGAGGGUACCAGGCAAUGAUUUGUGUGUCGACUGCGAUGCACCAAAUCCUGAUUGGGCUAGUCUUAACUUGGGCAUUCUGAUGUGCAUUGAAUGUUCGGGAAUUCAUCGGAAUAUGGGAUCACAUAUUUCCAAGGUUCGAUCGUUAAAUCUAGACGAAUGGCCUCCUGGUCAUUUGAGUGUAAUGUUAGCGAUUGGUAACGCAUUGGCAAACUCAAUAUUUGAAGCUAGGACCCAGCUUAACAUCAAACCAGCCCCGAAUACUAGUCGAGAAGAGAAGGAGCAGUGGAUUCGGUUGAAGUACGAAGCGAAAGAGUUUCUUCCGCCUACAUGCAACAUGAUGCCAUUGGAUAAACAACUGAUUGACGCGGUAUGCGCCUCGAAUAUUAAAAAUAUCCUGCAGGUCCUUGCGCAAGCCAGUGCUGAGCAUGUGAAUUCCACUGUGGGGCCUAAUGAUCUACGAAGUCCUCUUCAUCUCGCGUGUGCAAUGGGUAACUUAGCUGUGGCACAGUUAUUAAUCUGGCAUCAUGCGAACGUGAAAGCCACGGAUGAAGAUGGCCGAACAUGUCUGACGUAUGCACGCGCAGCUCAGGCAUAG